GAAGCGUUCAACAACAGCUUUCAAGAAGCUUGUAGCUGUAUUUGCUUGCUUAUAGAGAAUCAGAGAGAGAUCAUCGACAGCUACCUUAGCAAGAAAAAGGUAGAAAGAUAUGGGAGUGUUAGACGAAGGAGAGGGGAACAAGACGAUGAUAAGAGUGAGGGAGUUUGACAUGGAGAGGGACCUCCGGGCCGUGGAGGAGCUCGAGCGCCGGUGCCAGGUCGGUCUGUCUGGCGACCAAGGCGGCCCUGGUGCUGCCGACGCCGAUGGCGCAGAGAAGAAGAGCAGCAAGAAGAAGAAGAAGAGAGGCAUGUCGCUCCACGUCGAGCAGAUCGGCGACCCGUUUGCCAGGGUGCGCCAUGCGCCGGACUACGUCAUGCUGGUUGCUGAGUAUGGGGAGGAGGAAGAGGUUGUAGGAGUGAUCAAGGCAUGCAUCAGGAUGGUGAGCAGAGGGAAGAAGAAGAAGCAAAGCUUCAGCAGCACAACGCAGUAUGUGAAGGUGGCAUGCCUUCUUGGCCUCAGGGUGUCCCCUUCUCACAGGCGUCUCGGGAUCGCGACGGAGUUGGUCCGCCGCGCCGAGUCGUGGUGCGCGGCGCGGGGCGCGACGUACGCCACCAUGGCGACCACCAAGUCGAACGCGGCCUCGCUCGCGCUCUUCGCCGGCCGCUUCGCCUACGCGCCGUUCCGGCGGCCGGUGUUCCUCGGCCACCCGGUGCACCGGCACCGGGCGCGCGUCCCGCGCGCGCACCGCGUUCUGCGACUGCCCCCACCGCUCGCCGCGGCCGCCUACGCCGCGCUGCUCCCGCCCGCCGCAGCCGAGUUCCUGCCCGCCGACCUCCCCGCGCUCCUCGCCCACAAGCUCACGCUCGGCACGUACGUCGCCAUCGAGCGCGGCGGCCCCGAUGACCCGGCGCUCCCGCCGUCGUUCGCCCUGCUUAGCGUCUGGGACGCCACGCGCUCCCUCCGCCUCCGCGUCGGCGGCGCGCCCACGCUCCUCCGCGCGUCCCUGGCUGCGGUGCGGGCGCUCGACCGGCACGCGCCGUGGCUGCAAGUGCCCUCCGUUCCGGACAUCUUCCGGCCGUUUGGCACCUACCUCCUCUACGGCCUCGGCAUGUCUGGGCGCGAGGGCUCAUCGCUCCUGCGCUCGCUCUGCCGGCACGCGCACAACGUCGCGCGCAAGAACCCGGCAUGCGCCGUCCUGGCGGCUGACCUCGGGCCCGACGAUCCGGCCGCGGCCGCCGUGCCGCACUGGCCCCGGUUCUCCUGCGACGAGGACGUCUGGUGCAUCAAGAAGCUCGGCUCCGCCGAUCACAGUGUCAAUGCCAGCGAUGAUAAUGAGGAUGACUGGACGACAUCGCCGCCUGCCGGAGUCCUGUUCGUGGAUCCCCGGGAAUUCUGACGCUGGCCCAAUGCAAACAAGAAUCCGGAAAGUUUUGAUUUUCGACGACCGUGUUUAUACAUCAUCAUACAUCCAUGACGUGUGUAUGCUGAAGAUCAGUGCAUAAGUUGCAUUGCAUUUUGCAGCCUGCAACCCUAGUAGUGCAGCAAGUAGCAACCUUAAUGAGCUUUUGGUUCUGAACUCUGAAGAGCAAUGGGUGGUCAGUUUCUGCAGAUGUGCAGCAUUAAGCAGGGGAUUGGUCAUCUAUUUCUCAAGGAUUCAGAUGUCAGUAGGAUAUGUUGCAUUAGGGGUAUCUUGUAUAGUCAUGAACCAUAGGUGAUCCUAGCUCAG